AUGCUGGCGCUGAGCGCCGCCCGCCGCCUGCUUCGCCCGCCCGGGGACCUGUUACAGCCGCUGGGGAUCGGCUGUAUAGGGAUGACCGGUGCCCGUGGUUGCGCGGCCGGUGCACCGAACCCAGUGGUGUACUUGGACGUAGGCGCCGAUAACCAGCCGCUGGGACGCGUCGUGUUGGAGCUGAAAGCUGAUGUGGUUCCAAAGACAGCAGAAAACUUCAGAGCUCUUUGUACUGGUGAAAAAGGAUUUGGGUAUAAAGGAUCCACUUUCCACAGAGUGAUUCCUUCAUUUAUGUGCCAGGGUGGUGAUUUUACAAAUCAUAAUGGAACUGGUGGAAAAUCCAUUUAUGGCAGUAGAUUUCCAGAUGAAAAUUUCGUACUUAAGCAUGUAGGACCUGGUGUCCUCUCAAUGGCCAAUGCAGGACCCAAUACAAAUGGAUCUCAGUUCUUCAUUUGCACUGCAAAAACUGACUGGCUAGAUGGAAAACAUGUUGUUUUUGGGCAUGUGAAGGAAGGAAUGGAUGUUGUGAAAAAAAUUGAGAGCUUUGGUUCCAAGACUGGAAAGACCUCCAAAAAGAUUGUCAUUACUGACUGUGGACAGUUGUCCUAGCCUUUUGCCCUACCAUUCAGGACAAUUUUGAUGCUGUGAAAAAUGAAUCCUAAAAAAACUCAAAACAUUUCUGGUCCCAUGAGUAGCACCUCUGGAGCCAUAUUUUCUGUUUAACUUGGUCCAACUUUUAUACUUAUUUUAACAGUACAGAUUAAAACCAAACCAGUAACUGAAAUGUUCGAACUGAUCUACCUUGGUAGUCACACUGAUGUGGCAGAGUCCCAUGGCAUCUGAAAGAAGUAGUACAGUCACCCAGAGCACAUCUGACUGCAGCGCUGAGGCUGUUCUUAGUGUUUGGUUAUUUUGGGUGUUAGAAUCAGUAGGGGAGUUUGCAACUAAGUGCUCUGUGAUGGAGGCUUAGGUAUAAAAUGAGAAAUGUUUCCUUUGGUGUUGUGCAUCUUGUUUUGAAAAAAUAAUGCUAACAAGACCUUUCAAGGCUGCCUACAACAGGACUGACAGGCAUUUUUUUUUUCUGUGUUUUAAUUUUAGUCUACCCAAUAGAAUUAAUGUGCAAUUGUGGGCUUUGAAAAAAUAAUUCUGGUUCAAUUUUUAUUUGCUUUUUUGUUUUACGUUGGGGUUUUUUGGUAGUUUCAGACCACUGUUUAAACUCUACUGUACUUUGCUUCAAUUGAGUGAUUUGAAGGGUUCAGUAAAAGGCUUUAGUUUGAGUUACCCUGCUACUAGAGCUCUGCCUGGGCAGUAAGACCACAAAUCAGCCAAAAGAUCAUGGGGCUAUUUUAUUAUGCAACUGUGAAAUUAUUUGAAAUGCACUUCUGCUCUGAGAUCUGUUUUUGUAAGGGAUAUAGUAGGUCUCAACAGAUAGCCUUGAGGAUGUAGUGAGCCUGUUUGAGAAAAAGGUUUCAUUCCUUUUUGUCCUGUUGAUUCCAUGAAGUCAAGCACGCCUUGGGUAUUACUUGAAUUAUACAUCAUCAUCAUCAUCAUAAGUCAAAAUUGGUCACCAUGAAAUCACAAGGCUUAACUGGUGCAGCAAAAUCAUUAUUGUGUGGAGUUUGAUGCACAAGAAGGAAGUAAUUCAGCUGAUGAGGUAAACACAUUUCAUUUGUAUCAACCAGUAUGUUUUAUGCAGAGUGCCUGAGCAGUAACAAAUGUUGGAACCUCACAACCUUUAGAAUCACUAAAGCGGUAAAAUAUUAAUGCUUGUGGGGAAAAAACACUUGACUGAUUUUGUUCAAUAAUCUUGUUGCUAAACAAAAUAAAGUGUGAUGGCUCUCUUCAAAUGUGAAUUUCAUACCACUGCACUCUGAUAAUAUGUGGUUUUAAAAACUAUUUUGCACUGGAUUUUUUUUUCCACUGAGGGCUGCAUUUCUGUGUGUACAAGGUAGUAUUCAGAGUGUAAUUUUGCAAAAAAAAAAAAAAAAAAACAGAAUUGCAAAGCUUUUACUUCUUUCCACUGUUUCAUCUUUCUUUGUAGCAUUUUUCUAAAUACUACUGAUUUGUGUUGGUUUGGCUUAUUUCAGUUUGAUAGAAUAU